UGUACGCUGGUGACGUGUUCUAUUAGUGUUACUAAUAUUAAUAAUAUACAUUAAAUUUAUAAAACAGUGUAAUUAAUCAAAAUUAGUGUAAAAGUGUUUGUUUUAUUAAUAUAAAAAAAAAUGUCUGCUGAAGCACAUAAAUUAAUUGGAAUAUCCUUGUCAAAAAUUGCACAAUCCAGGGCAAGCCGUGGUGGUGUUAGCCUUCAUAAAAAUUUACUUGUUGCAACAGUUUUACACAAAGCACGAUAUAUUUUUAUGGAAGAAGCAUAUCAAUUUGUUCAUGGCGGUGGCAAUAAAAUUAAUUCAAAUAUACAAGAAUCACCAUUUUAUAAAUGGAAUUUAAAUAAUGUUGAUAAUCAGAACGAUGAUGAAAAUAAUAGUGAAUUAAAUAAAUUAAGUGAUGACAUUACAACAACAGUGAGUGAUGAUAGCGUUGAGAAAACUAGUGAUGAUUAUGAAUUACCAGUUAUUGAUAAUCAUUCAAUUGAUAGUACUACAGAUAAUAGUGAAAAAUUAUUAAAUGACAUUACAAGCGAACAAUGGCGCGAUAAUACACAAAUUGCGACAUCUGUUGAAAGUACGUCUUCGACAGGUGAAUACAAAAAUCCACCUUCAUAUCAGGCACAUAUUGAAUUAACUUAUUUAAAUUUAGAUAAAAAUGAUGCCACUGAAAAGCCAGAAACGAAUAAUAAUAACUUAAAACGAAGACAUAGCGAAUGGGAGGUAGAAGAAGCUGUUUUAUCAAUUUUACCAAAGAGAUCGAAAUCUUACAUCGAAGAAAGUUCGCCCCCCUCCUCUUCUUCUUCAUCAACAUCCGAAACAGAUUUUACAUUUUUAGACGAAUCUGAUUUUUUAUCUGAACCCUCAACCAGUCGACUAUCACCAACAGACGAUAAACUAAUCGUUUCGCCACCGUCAAUGGAAAUCGAUAGACUUAGUUCGUUAGUUUCAAUUUUUAGUUUUGCUAAUUUUCCAGAAAUGAGUGGUAUGUGUGAGGAUGACUCAAAAUUAUCGUUAGAUCAGUGUUCGACACAAGCAAAGGAUAAUAGUGACGUUUUACAACCGAUGCCUUCAUUUUUAGCAAUGACGGUUUAAAUUUAAUUUUCAUUUAGCCUCUUCGAUUCGAUUCAAUUAAUUUAACCGAAUGAAAAACCGUUGGAAUAAUAAACAGGUUGAAACUUGAAAAACACCUGUGUUGAUGCAACCCCAUAUUAUUUAUUAUAUCAAAUGCUGUUUACAAGUUAUUGUUAUUACUUAAUUAUUUACAAAAAAAUAAAAUUCGUUAAUAUAUAAAGCUUUCAUCACAUGAUACAAUUUUUAUUUUGUAAAUACAUAGUAGUAUUUUUUAGAUUUUGAAAUGGUAAAUCGAUAAUCGGUUCCUUUUUUAUAAGAUUUUUUCUGUAUCCUUAAUUUUUUUCAACCUCUUCGAAGAGUUAACGUUAGGGAAACAUAAAAGUUUCAAUUUUUACUUAAUAAUAGUGAAGUUUUCUAAGAUAUUGAUAGAGAAAACGGUCUUUUCUUAACUAUAGAGCUAUUGAGAACCACUGGCCAGAUUAUUUAUUAUAGACUAUAUAAGUUUUGUAUUUUAAAUAAAUUACUCCAAGGGGAACUAAACAUAUGGCUUAAUUUAUAGAAAUUCUUACGUUAAAAUUAUUUAGUAAUUUUUUUGAAUUCACUUAAAAUUGAUACUGCAAUAUUUUAAGAUAAGAUAAUAAUGGUAAGAUAACAAACUUAAAAUUACUGAAUUGAUUUUGUUGAAAUUUUAAUAUAUCUUUUUGAAAUCACUUUUUAAAAAACUUUGUAGAAUUCAAAUGAAAAAACAAUUACAAAUAUAUUAAAUCUUGUUCUUUUAUCUCUUAUCAGUUAAGAUAUACAUUUGUAAUCAUUCUACUAAAUAGCCAGACAUUUUUUGUAGUCUAGUGUGCGAUUAUCAAUGUUUUGUCAUAGGAUGGCUUGUCCGGGGAAUUUUAAUGGAAAUUUAUACAGUUAGAUUAAUUUACGAUUAAUCCAUAAAAUGGAAUUCCUUUAUUCGAUACGAAUUUCUAUUAAUUUACUGUUACACGUAAUUAUAAUGAACAUAUUUCGAAAAAAUCUAUAUUAGCCGAAACAUGUCAUAUUUUUAUCUUAAAAGUUUUUUAUCGCCAUCAGUACAAAUAUUCCCGCUAACUUGGAAUUAAUGAAUUAAGUAUAGCAGCAUUUCUUGGAGUAAAAUUAAAAAAGUAGUAUCACAGUGUAACUUAUAUUGUUGUAACUAAGUUGGUAUAGUUUUUAAUUGCGUUGCAAUCUUAAGAAUAUGACGUAAUUAAAAUUUUUCGAGGUUUUCUUUAAAACCAAUUAGACCCUGGCUAUUUCGAAAUUCCAACUGUCAAUAUUCUCGUAUAAAAAAAGGCCGCUAUACUGUAAAUAAGUAUUCUUGUCAGUGAUUCUAAAAUUAUACGCCAAAAAAACCUUAAGCUACCCGCACGUUUUGUGUUAAAGUCUUCACUUCCCUUGCCCCACUUAACUGCCUUCCAUAACACUUGAAAGAUUUUUCAUCAUAUACAAACUAUUUAAUCUAUGCUUUUAAAAUAGAAAUUUUCCAGCGAAACGGGUGGGUAACUGCCUGUCAUUCAGUAUUCUGAUGUAUAAGCUAUUUUAUUGUAAAGUUUCAUUCAAAUCCAGUCAAUAGGUUUUGCGUGAAAGCGUAAUAAACUAAACAAACAUUCAAACUGACUUUCGAUUUUAUAAUAUAUUAGGGAUCUUAUAAUUUUAUGAUGACCCAUUUCAAAAAUACUAAUAAUAAUACUGCCUAAAAAAUUGUUAUCAAAACUCUCUCAGGUAGGUAGUUUAUCUUCCUUACAAUAAAGUGUUCUAUAAAUUUAUAAAACAUGUCUGUACAAGAGAAGAUAUCUGUUCUGUUACCUUGAAAGUAGCAUUCAGACACGGAUUUUAUGAAUCAUACCCAAACUACGUAUGUUUGUAAACUUAUUUGAAUAAUUUAUAAUUUUUUAUUUUUGACCAAACAAUAGGUAUAUGAACGACAUUUUAUUUUAUGUUUGAACGCUACAUAGACAGAUAAAACUAAAUAUGGUUGACACAAAGUUGAUAUUAAAAA